AUGUCACCAGAGGAGUUCAGCCAAUUAAUCACACACAUUCCAUCUUGUGCUCUCGACUGUUUGAAAACGCUUGUUGUCCACACGCCUUGCACUUUUAGCGACCUGCCGUGCAUGUGUGGUGACGAGAAGUUUUUCGACGCGGGGACAGUAUGCGUUAGGGCAGCUUGCAAGAUGUCGGAGGCCUUGAAGACCAUGAAUCUUACAGAGACCGCCUGUGGCCGGCCCAAGAGGGACGUAUCAGGACAGUAUACUUCAAUGAAUAUUGUCUCUGGCGUUGUCACCAUUCUUCUAGUCAUUGCCCGCCUAUUGUUCAAACAAUUUAUUAGUGGCAGUGGCCAAAUCGGACUAGAUGAUUGGGUCAUCUUUACCGCCAUCGUCAUCGCCGUUCCUGCAAUCAUCGUCAACCAAGUCGGGCUCGUCGGCCAUGGCAUAGGGAAAGACAUCUGGACUCUACCAGCGCCCGAGCUUCCCCUUUUUGCAAAGUUCUUUUUCGUCAUGGAAAUCUUUUAUAUCGUUCAAAUGUCCCUGGUCAAACUUAGCCUAUCGCUCUUCUACCUCCACGUCUUCCAAGGCCCGAAUAUCCGACGUCUCCUAAUCGGAACAGCCAUUUUCAAUAUCGUUUUUGGGGUUGUUUUCUUCAUCACCGCAAUGGCUCAAUGCAUGCCGCUCCAUUAUUAUUGGUCGCAGUUUUACGAUUAUCCCCCAAAGGGAUCAUGUUUCGACUUGAACAGAUUUGCUUGGGCAAAUGCAGGAUUGGGUCUGGUGGUAGAUGUGUGGAUGAUCAUAUUACCAAUGGUACAGAUCAGAAGGCUGAAUCUCCAUUGGAAAAAGAAGAUUGGAGUCGUUGUCAUGUUCUUACUGGGAACCUUUGUCAGCAUUAUAUCGUGUCUCCGCCUGACGUCGGUGAUAUUCUUCGCCAAACUCAUCAAUCCGACCUGGGAUCAAUGGAACGUUGCCUGGUGGUCGACCAUGGAGGUCAACAUUGGCAUCAUCUGUACAUGCCUACCGACCGUUCGCCUUAUUCUCAAGCGCAUGUUCCCCAAUCUGCUAUCCACUGGCGACGGACACAGUACAAAUGCUGGUGUAUCUGGGGCUAGAGAUGUUUCUUCUAGAGGAGAUGCACAAACACCGGCAUUUCCCUUAGAGUUAUCGACGGCUACGCUUGUGACAGAUUCGCGAUCUAGCUAUAAGCAUUUUGAUAGCCAAGAGUAA